AUGAGCAGAGGCACGGGAGGCGAGGGAGACCAGGGGCAGCUGGCAGGUGGAUGGAUGGAUGGACUGCCCUCUUCUUCCUCCGCGCCGCCGGACGCAUCCGCCGGCGGCCGGACAUGUCCGCCGCCCGCAACCACGUCGCUCCGGCCAAUCCCGUCGCGCCACGUCAUCACCGCCGCCUCCCCAACCAACCGCAGCGCGCCACCUCACCCCACCACAAUUCCACCACCGCGCCGUCCCGCUCGGGCCGAUCGCGGACCCGCCCGGCCCGAGACUCCGCCGCCCGAUCCCGCGUCCCCGCGCCGCCUGGAAUCUCCGCCGCCGAUCCAGCGCCGCCUGCCGACGCGCGCCUCCGCCGCCUUCGCCUCGCCGCCGGUCGCCGCGUGCACCGCCGGCCUCGCCCCCGCGGACGCCACUGCCGCCGACCGCCACCUUGCGCCCAACCUCCGCUCGCCGGAGCACCGCGCCCUUGUCCCUUCGAUCGACCCGUCGUCGUCCCCGCCGUCUCCGGCCACCGCGCCGCUCGCCACAGCACCCCGCCGCCGUCCUCGCCCAGAUCUGGUCAACCGGGACCAGAUCCACCGGUCCCUCCAACCAAACGGCUUCCUCGUCGCCCGGAUCCCUCCGUCCCGGGACAUCCUCGUCCCGUUUUUGCGAGGGUAA